AUGGAUAAUGGUGGUCCUUACAACCGUCGAGUAGCUCCCACUGUGAUAAUCGCACUCUUCGUCAUGUUCAACACUCUCGGACCAAUUCUUGCACCACCAACUAAUCUCAUCAACGCAUCAAAUCCAUCACCAGGAAUGACAGAAGCUGAGUUUCGAGUCAAACAAGUAGCAACAAAUAUCUUUUGGGCGUUCAGCAACUCAGCGUUUGCGUUGGCUCUGGCGGCAGUGUUAUUACAAGUCGGGAAACUUGUAGGUCACGGAGCAAGUGAAGUUUGCGAAACAGUCUCUUUAAUGCUUGUGAUGUUCUCUCUUCUCUUCAUGUCGUUUGCGGCAAUGGGCGCCGUAGUUGUUAGGCUUUGUCCUUCUUCGUUGGUUUCUGCUUUCUCCCUAGUUCAAGGACUGUGUCUUCUGUUAUCUGCCUAUCUUUGCUCUUGCGUGUUCAUCGCGGAGAUUGUUGGAUGA